GCAGCAGGCGGCGCUUUCUACAUCCUAUGCCGUGGAAGCAUGAGAGUAGAAAGGUUUUGUGUAGUGGUAUACUAUAACUUAUAGUGACAAGAACUUAGUUAAAAUGCCGUACGCCAAUCAACCAACUGUCUUAAUUACUCAACUAACAGCCGAAAAUAUAAAGUUUGUCAUUGAGGAUACGGAUUUAAGUGUUGCAAAUGCAUUAAGAAGAGUUUGUCAUGCUGAAGUACCAACAAUAGCCAUUGAUUGGGUACAAGUGGAAGCCAAUUCAACUGUUUUAUUUGAUGAAUUUAUUGCACAUCGUCUGGGAUUAAUACCUCUUACCAGUGAUGAAGCUGUUGAUAAAAUGCAGAAUAGCAGGGACUGUACGUGUGAAGAGUUUUGUCCUGAAUGUUCUGUUGAGUUUACGUUAGAUGUUAAAUGUAUGGAUGAUCAAACACGGCAUGUUACCAGUGCUGAUCUCAUAUCAAGUAAUCCUAAAGUUAUUCCAGUAACAUCUAAACACAGAGAAGAUGCAAGUGAAUUUGAAGAAACUGACGAUAUACUCAUAGCUAAAUUAAGAAAGGGUCAAGAGUUAAAGAUUAGAGCAUUUGCUAGAAAGGGCAUAGCUAAAGAACAUGCUAAAUGGAAUCCUACUUCAGCUGUAUGUUUUGAGUAUGAUCCUGAUAAUGCUUUACGCCAUACAACUUAUCCUAAACCAGAAGAAUGGCCAAAGAGUGAACAUUCAGAUAUGAUAGAUGAUGAUGCACCUGAAGCCCCAUUUACACCUGGUGUUAAACCUAACAAAUUCUUCUAUAAUGUUGAGUCUUCUGGUGCACUUAAACCAGAAACUAUUGUAUUUUCUGCUUUAAAUAAUCUCAAGAAAAAACUCAGUGAUGUACAAACACAACUCAGUCAUGAAAUACAGAUUGAUGUGUUAACUAUAUAAUAAUACAAUAUAAAAACAUUGUAUAUAGCAUCUCUCAUAAAAACAUGUAUUAUGAGGUGGGGGGGUCUCAUUUUAUGGACAGUGCCGGUGAGAAAAAUGUUAAAAAAUCCCAUUUAUAAAAUCACAGGGAAAACACUCUAUUAAAGAGGGGUUGGGGGAUGGCCUAGUGGUCUGGAGUGGCGUGCUUGAAGCUCUAGCUGGCCAGUCAGCUCUGGCUUACGGUUGUAGUUUCAAUCCCUUGUGUGAGCGUAUGUGGAUUGGAGAUAGGGGUGCCUUCUCAACCUCAUGGGUUUACUCUGGGACUGGGUAAUUAGUUUCCUCCAACAAGAAAGACCCCUGUGUGUAUGCCAAGAUGAUAUCACCCUUGAUGGAAGCAGACGUUAAACACUAAUAUAAGACUCUAUGAAUUAAAGGAAUUAACUUGAGUACUGGUAAGACAACUGAAAUUGUGAACAACAGAAAAAACCCUUUGAUGCAAAAAGCUUAAGUCAGGAUGUCAAACCAAUAAAAUUAUAUAAAUAACUAUUCAAGCCUUCUUUAGUCAUUCUUAUCUUACUAUUAAGUGAUAUAAUUUUUAAUAAUACCAUAUUAUAAUCCAUACACAUUUAAUUCUCGGGUCAAUCAUCAUCAUCACAUCUGUUUCAUUCAUAUGUAAAUAAAGAUGUAAUAAAGAA